CUGGGGAUGCCAGGUUCUGAGUGUUGAGACACACGGACACACAGAUACGCAGCUGCGCAGCGCUCAGGGCCCUCGUAUGGGCCCUGCACCCUCCCCUCCCAUCCUCCAGGGCUAUCGGAGCACCCCAAGUCUCCAGGCUUCAGCCUUUUUAGGCUACUAUCUGCACAGCACUGAGGCAUCCAGGAACUGACCUCAAGACCAUCAGCAAGCCCGGGUCCAGCCAGCCCUACCAUGACAAAUGACUAUCAGGAUCUUCAGCAUCUGGACAAUGAGGACAAUGACCAUCACCUCAGACAAGUGCCACCCGCCCCCCAGCCACUCCUGCGGAGGCUCUGCUCCGGACCCUGCCUCCUCCUGCUGUCCCUGGGCCUCAGUGUCCUGCUGCUGGUGGUCGUCUGCGUCAUCGGAUCCCAGAACUCCAAGCUGCGGGGGGAGCUGCAGGCUCUGAGGGAGACUUUCAGCAACUUCACGGCAAGCACCGAGGUCGAAGUCAAAGCUCUGAGCAGCCAGGGAGGAAAUGUGGGCAGAAAGAUGAAAUCCCUGGAGUCUCAGCUGGAGAAGCAGCAGAAGGAUCUGAGUGAAGAUCACUCGGACCUGCUGCUGCACGUGAAGCAGUUCGUGUCGGACCUGCGAAGCCUGAGCUGUCAGAUCGCGGCGCUCCAUGGCAACGGCUCCACGCUGACCUGCUGCCCCGUCAACUGGCUGGAGUACGAGGGCAGCUGCUACUGGUUCUCCCGCUCCGGGAAGACCUGGCCGGAGGCCGACAAGUACUGCCAGCUGGAGAGCGCGCACCUGGUGGUCGUCAACUCCAGGGAGGAACAGAAGUUCAUCCAGCAUCACAUGGGGCCCGUGAACACCUGGAUGGGCCUCACGGACCAGAGUGGGCCCUGGAAGUGGGUGGACGGGACGGACUACGAGACCGGCUUCAAGAACUGGAGGCCUGAGCAGCCAGACGACUGGUACGGGCACGGGCUCGGGGGCGGCGAGGACUGCGCGCACUUCACGGACGACGGCCGCUGGAACGACGACGUGUGCCAGAGGCCCUACCGCUGGGUGUGCGAGGCGGCGCGCGACCCCGCCACCUAGGGGCCUCCUCUCCCCUAAUUUAUUUCCACAGUGCCUCCCCCUGCCCCGUGAUCCUCCCGCCCCCGUCCCGGUGGAGGAGGGGCCUCCUCCACCUCCUCUGGGAUGGCUGAUCCAGGAUUUUAAGGGAAGGGGACAGGACGACGUCUGUGAUUCGCAGACUCACGUUUGGAGGGGUGGGGAGAUGGAAUCCAAUAUUACCUGCCGCGGUUUGCAGGUUAUGGUCCACGUUUUUUUAGAGUAAAAAACCCAGAAAUAUUCGAA